GUUAAUAGAUCGAGCGACAGGUUGAAGAAUCAACAUGCAAAGGGAGAUUCAAUUGGACGUAUCGGUGAACUUGGCAGCCUUUUUCUUAAAGAAUAUCGGUCUAUGGAUAUCGGACGAUCCUUCCUACGAACGUCGAAGAAAAGUAAUACUUGUAUACACGAUGUGGUGCAUUAUGCUUAGCUCGAUUGUAAUUAGCAGAGAUGUGUAUUUUACGUGGUUUUACAAUGGAGAUAUUCUCUACGUUGUUACCAACGCUUUAAGCAUGAUGAUGAUAACAGUCAAGAUAUGCAUGAUAGUAAUGCACAAAGAGGAAUUUAUCAAUCUGAUCGUGUACAUGCAAGAAAAUUUUUGGAACGAUAACUACGAUUUUCACGAGAGGGAAAUUUUGGAAAAUUGCAAGAGAACUUGUGCUUUCUUCGUCUCCUUGGUUACAACGAUUGGAAUAUGUGCUAUACUGUCCUACUUGGCUACACCACUCAUUGUGCAAACUGUGAGCAAUAAUUCCGAAAGAAUGCUUCCAUUUAACAUGUGGUUAAAAUUACCAUUAUCGGAAUCACCUUACUACGAACUAAUGUUCGUUUACCAGAUAAUGACUUUCUACUUCAUUGGAAUAUCAUAUUUUUGCUUCGACAAUAUUUUCUGCAUUAUGACCGUACAUCUGGCUGGCCAGUUCCAAAUACUUCGAUACAGAUUCGCGAGAUUGUGCGAUGUAGAAAAUCAAAUAUCCGAGAAAGGCACGGAAUCUAUGCUGUUCGCGCAUGCGCAAACAUUUUACGAGAGAUUCAAAGCUUACGUUCGAUAUCAUCAGACGUUGAUCGAUUAUUGCGAGAAAAUUGAGAAUGUGUACACUAUGAUUAUACUUGGACAAGUAUUGGUAUUUAGCGUGUUAAUCUGCCUCUUCGGUUAUCAAAUAUUGUUGGCUAACGCGCCUUCCGCGAGACGCUCCAUUUUCAUCUUUCUUUUAAUCGGCGCCAUGUCUUUACUGUUCAUGUUCACAUUCAGCUGCAAUGGAGUAAUAGAGCACAGUGAAAAUAUCGCUAUAGGUGCGUACUCAGCGUUGUGGACCGUGAUGCCUAUGAACAAAUUUGGGAAAAUGCUUCGAAACGAUUUAAUAAUGGUGAUCGAGCGAUCGAGACGCGUUUGUUGUCUGACUGCGAAUGGAUUUUUCCCUGUAUCGUUGGAAACGUACACUACAAUUUUGAGUACCGCAGUAUCAUAUUUCACGCUAUUAAGAAACAACGUAGAAAAGGCAAACGAAGCGUAAUAUAUAUAUAAAUUUUUGUGAAGGUAUUAGAAAAAAAAAAGCAACUAUAUGUAGUGUUUUAAAAAAUUAUAAAAUAUAUUUCUAACAAAAAAUAACAAAAGUAUGAACGAAUAAUAUAACAAU